AUGUCUAUUUUACAAAAUAUUGCAAUUCUAGAUCCUUUAAAACAAAAGUUAUAUCUAGCCCAUAUUUUCUUGACAAUUCUCUUUUCACCAUUGAUCAUAGCAGCAAUAUGUUCGAAUUGGUAUACCAUAGGAACACCUGAUUCCGAUCUAUAUUUUGGAUUAUUUAGUUAUACAAUUAAUAACUAUGAUAAUCCAGCGAGUUCAAGCAGCGGAGAUGAUCAAACCGGUAUUAAAUACAGUGGACUGAGUAUUAGACAUACAUUUGGUGCAGUGGCAGCAUUUGAGAUUCUCUCUAUCAUUCCACUGUUGAUGAUCUACUACGGACAUUUCAAACUGUUCUACAAGACAAGAAAUACCGAUCGACCAAGAAAGAUGUCGAUGUACUACUCGGUGGUGUUGUUUGCACUGCAAUUCAUUGGAUUCCUCUGUUUCUUUAGUAUCACCAUUCUCGAACAUCUUUAUAAACAAAAGGUAUACCAUGCAAUCAUUGAUAUUACCAAGCUUAUUAAAUCAUUGAUGAGUAAGGUUAGAUUAUGUUGUACUAAAUUAUUCUAG